GCACUGCACUUCAAAGAUGGCGAACGAUACGAGCAAGCUACUGUUGUCUUCACAACAAGAAAAACCCAAUCAUUAUACCUACCUGAAGGAGUUCCGCGUGGAGCAGUGCCAGUCGUUCCUGCAGCACAAAUGCAAUCAGCAUCGUCCGUUCAUAUGUUUUAAUUGGCAUUUUCAAAAUCAGCGGCGUCGGCGACCCGUCCGUAAACGCGACGGCACCUUCAACUACAGUGCGGAUAAUUAUUGCACCAAAUACGAUGAGACCACAGGCAUCUGUCCCGAAGGCGACGAAUGCCCCUUCCUGCACCGCACCGCUGGCGACACCGAGCGACGCUACCACUUGCGUUACUACAAGACAUGUAUGUGUGUCCAUGACACGGACAGCCGGGGGUACUGCGUCAAGAAUGGCCUGCACUGCGCCUUUGCCCAUGGAAUGCAGGAUCAGCGGCCACCCGUGUACGACAUCAAGGAGCUGGAGACCUUGCAGAAUGCGGAAAUUACCCUCGACAGCACCAAUGCCCUGAAUGCCCUGGACAAGGAGCGCAACUUGAUGAACGAAGAUCCCAAGUGGCAGGACACCAACUAUGUGCUGGCCAACUACAAGACGGAGCCAUGCAAGCGUCCGCCACGCCUGUGCCGACAAGGCUAUGCCUGUCCACAGUAUCACAACAGCAAGGACAAGCGUCGUUCGCCCAGGAAGUUCAAAUACAGAUCAACACCUUGCCCCAAUGUGAAGCACGGCGAGGAAUGGGGCGAGCCGGGAAAUUGCGAGGCCGGCGACAAUUGCCAGUACUGUCACACACGCACUGAACAGCAGUUCCAUCCGGAGAUAUACAAGUCCACCAAAUGCAACGAUGUACAACAGGCCGGCUACUGUCCACGCAGCGUAUUCUGCGCCUUUGCCCAUGUCGAACUUUGUGUAAUGGCCGAUGAGAAGACGUGGGAACAUGAACUUUCGCUUCGUGACCUCAUUUCCAACGCCUUGCCCGACUUACAGCCACGGGAUGUGCACCAUUUGGGCGAUAAUUUGUUGAACAUUGAACAUGGUAAUAGUACCAAUAAAAUGUUGGUAGAUGCUUUGGAAAAUACAAGAAAUUCCAGCAAAUUAUUAAAUUUCUCACGACCCCUGGACAGUCGUUUAGCUUGCUCACUGGAAGAUCCACGCGAGAACUCACUGUCGUCGAGUCUGGCCAAUACUAGCUUAUUAACACGUUCCUCGGCGCCAAUUAACAUUCCUAAUACGACACUAAGUAACUCAAUUAAUGAUUUCAACUCGGGUGGCUUUGCCGUCAACAUUCCCAGCAGCUCGCUCACCUACAGUCCAACCAAUCACGCCAAUCUCUUCGCCAUGGAUGCAUUCAACUACGGCGGAUCCAACAAACUAAGCAAUUCGCUCUCGGCUGCCACACAGAACGACAACAGCCUUUUCUUCCCAUCGCGCAUCAUGUCCCCUGGCUUCGGCGACGGCCUGUCCAUUAGUCCAUCGGUCAGAAUAUCCGAAUUGAAUACCAUACGUGACGACAUCAAUAGCAGCUCGGUGGGAAACAGCUUGUUCGAGAAUACCUUGAAUACGGCCAAGAACGCUUUCAGCUUGCAAUCGCUUCAGUCGCAGAACAACAGCAGCAUGACAAACGAUUUGCUUACGAAGAACGCCCAGAUCCACAAGCUGAGCAAUCGAUAUGACGAUGUGGUCUGCAAAUUGAAGAUUGCCGAACUACACCGCGACAAGGCCAAGCAGGAGGCAUUGGAGUGGAAGGAGCGCUACGAUCUGGUUCAGAUGCAACUCAACUUGCCGGCUGAGCUGCGAGACUUGUCCAUUCAGAAAUUAAAGCAAUUGCAGUCAAAGCUGCGCACCGAUUUAGAGGAGGUUGACAAAGUAUUAUAUUUAGAGAAUGCAAAGAAGUGCAUGAAGUGCGAGGAGAACAAUCGCACCGUCACCCUGGAGCCGUGCAAUCACUUGUCCAUUUGCAAUACUUGCGCCGGCUCGGUCACCGAGUGCCCCUACUGCCAGGUGCCGGUGAUGACAACACAUACCUAGAAUAUGUUCAAUCAGCAACAGGGCGGCCACAACUGGCCCUUUGGCUGAGAGAUCGGAUAUUAACACGCGCCCAUUGCGCGAACAGCAUGACAAUGUGCAUGACACACAAAAGUAAACUUUAGUUUUGUAAGCGAAAUGUUGAAACUUCUGAUCGAAGGCAUAUGUCAAACCUUUCUAAUGAGUUAUGUAUACUUCAGCUCUAUGCAAAUUAAUCAUGAAUAUUAGCAAUUACUAGGCACAAACUAUUAAUUGAAUUAGCUAGCUGCUCUAAACAAUUAAGUUAUAUAUUUUACUUUGUGGUAUUUUAUUUUUCUAAUAUGUAUUUUUUUUUUUUUUUUUGUAAUGAAUACAGGAAUAUUUGAAAAAUGUUUGAACAUUGAAUCGUAUCUUAUAACUUAUCUCUUAUAUAAUUAUAUUUUUUUUAAUUUUCGUUAUAUUCAAUCUACUGCACGAAUUUGCAAUAUUUCUCAUUUCUCCAUUGAUUUUUAUUUUGUAUAUUUACUCGUCGAUCUAUCUAUAAUUUUGUAUUGAAAUAUGCCACAUUUUCAGUCAUAUUGUACUUUUCACUAGUAUUAUCUAAAGAAUUAUGAAAUGCGGAACCAUUACAGAAUGUAAUUGGCUUUCGAUAUGAUAACUAUAAUGGUAUAUUAAUUUUUCUAGACACUUUUAGCAAUUGACUAUUAACAAAUUUAUAGAAAACAACAAAUUGAUCAAGUUAAUGAAGAUUUAACAUUGUAAUGUCGCGUGCGACAGCAGUAACAAACAGCAACAAACAACAAAACCACCAGUGAUUUUAUAUAAGCCGAUUUUCAAAACUAUAUUUUAUAUAGUAUGUACUCGUAUGUGUGUUUCAAUCUUGUGAAAACGACAAAAACAAAAUAAUCAAGCAAAUGACCCCCCAGGCCAACAGUCAUAAAUUGAUGUAACUCACGAAUCAUAAAUCUUAGUCUGUACUGAACAUGUAUUUCCCCGCUUGUUUAACUGCACAAAAAGUAAUUAUAGAACAUAAAAUUGAUUUGUAACUGAAUGCGACAACGCUUUCCCUAAUGAUAUGUUCAUUUUUUUAUAUAGGGCUUUUUAAUCCAUAUGGAUAGCCGAACACACAACACAAAUUACCAACAUUCUUUAUAUACUCGUACUCUUAUUAGGUUACUUUGUGAUUUUUCUAGUGCUUUAAGUACUUAUUUGCAGCUGACUCUCAAUUUUCCCUUGAUUUUCAUAGCCCCCUCAAUGGACGCUUCCAAUGUAGUAAAAGCAAAAGGCAAAAGCAACGCAAAACAAAAUGUCAAUGUCAGAAAAUAGUUGUUAAGAUAUAUGAAAUUAUUUGAAAGCAUUUGGCUUAUGGUACAAGAACGAAUAUGAAAUAUACUAUAUAGAUCUACAAUAUAUAUAUUUAUGAAGCAUUUGGACACAGAUUUGUGAUGAAGGAAGUAUAACAAUAAAUGUAACUCGAUACAGCGAAUCGAACACAGUUUAAAGAGAAAAUGUUAACCAGAGUUAAUGAAAAAACAAACCGUCUUCAAUAACCAUUGUAUUUUUUUGUGCAGCAAUAUUGUAGUUAUCAAGAGCAAUUUACUGGUCGCAUACGACAAAGUUGAAUGAGCAAAUGUAAUGUAUUGUUAGUUAGUUUGAAAGAACUACAUAUGUAAUCGAAUCGAAACGAAACGGAAACGGCGAAAAGAAAGUGAAACUGUCUUGUGAAUGAAUUGGAAUCGCAGCUGCAAAGGCAUUUAUGGAAAAACAAAAGCAAAAGCAAAACUACGACGAUAUACAAGAAUAUAUACGAACCCUAUAUACACGAAAAGCAAAUAUAUGUAUGUAUAUUAAAUAUUAUUAAAAAAGCUAACUAGAAAAGGCAGCGCAGCGCAAAGGCUUUUAUCUCUGUGUGUGUUUGUACUGUGUUUUUGUAGGGAGAAGGCCAAAAGCAAACAUUUUGAAAUACAAAUUAUUAUAACAAAACAAUAAAUAAAUGUGUGUUAAAUGUAAAUGCUUUAAUAGUUUAUGAUAUAAGCGUACACAGACCACAGGUGGAGAAAUAUGAAUGGAGAAAUUGGUUUUAUAAUGGAGCUGUUGAGUCGCAAUUACCAGUGCGUAUACCAUACCUCUCAAUCUCUCUCUGAGAAUAUCACUGACUCACAUCGAUUCCGACACUGUUUGAACACUUUUGCUAUCAUAGUUUAUGUAACCUUUACACACGAAUACUCUGGUAUAUCAAACGAAACGACUAAGGGACGUUCGUUCUAUCCUCGAAUCGAAAAAGCAACCAAUGCAAAUGCAAGGCAAUAUUUGAACAUGUCAAUCAAUCCAUUUUUCACGCGAUACGAUAUCUCAACUGAGAAGAAUCAAACCAGGAAUCGGGAACACACAAUAUAUAUAGUGUGUACCAAUACACACACAUCUAUAUAUUUAUAGACGAAGCAUGUAUUUUGUAUACGCUACUGCAAGAGUGAUUUUUAUGUGAUUUUGAAACUACUUGAAUAUGUGAUCCAGAAAAAUAUGAAAAAACAAAAAAAAAAUGAACGAAAAAACCAAAAACAAAGCAAAAUAUUUAUAUGUAAUGCUCGCAUACUCGCGACAGCAAAACAGCAAUAAAACAAAGCAUAUUGUAAAAGAACUUAAACUUCAGCAAAAAAGAGAUAAUGUUUGAAAGCUCCAGCUCCAUUUAGAAAACAGAAGAGGCGAAGAGGAGAGAGUAAUCGUAUGAGGAUGAGGAUGAGGAACACACAUUGACAAAAACGUAGAAACAGAAAACAGAAAACGAUAAAUGUCUAAAAUAUCAAAUUGUAAUAUUAGAUAGCGUUUAGGGUUAGAUUACGAUGACGGAAACACAAUCUAAGAAGGAAUAUGGAUCACCAGAAAGCAACAAAAUACAAAGGCAAUUCACUAAAAUUAGAACAAUAAGUAAUAAAUAUUUGCUACCAACUGUUUCAUCUAGUUAAUAAAUUAACAACUUAACAAAUUGUAGACAACUGAAAACUAAGGGUUUAGCCUGAUUACUGAUUAGUUAAUCAAUGCAAUUAGCAAACAAAGAAUACAAUUUUGGACACCGAACAUGAAUUUUAAUGACGAAAUCGCAGAGACCGAGCAAUAUGCAACCGAGAGUACUGUCUGGAAUUUUGAAUAAGUCUACAACAAAAAUACUAACCGAAUGGAAUUUUGCAAUUUUGCAGACACACCCACACACACACAAUACAGAAGCAACAAAGUAAGGGACACAAAUACAAGUGUAAAGGAAAUUGGUUUUUUUUUCUAUAUACAGACUGCAAAUGUGUGUCAAGAUCUACAGAGAACUAAACAGAGAGAACUUGCAGAACUUUUACUAGAACUAAAUGCUGAACUAGGAUUUGAGACCAAACCCCUCAAGCAGCUCUACAGGUCAUAGGCUAUAGGUAAACUAACAAAUACUAUAGUAUAUUUACAUAUAUACCUAUGUACAAAAAAAUAUCCCUAUAGAUAUUAUUCCUCUUUUGCGGUUCGUGUCUUGGCUAAGGCUCGCUUUAGUUUCGUUUGAGUUUCGCUCUUGCCGAAUCUGUCGGUCUUUAGUUUGUAAUUAUUAUUUAUAUUCCAUAAUACUACGAGCAAUACUCAUUUCCUUGUCUGAUAUUGGGCACCAUUCUUUUGGAAUGACAUUGGUUCGCUCUUGACGUAGUUGUACCCUUAUCGGGGACUUAUUGACGGAAGUGGGGCCAAAAGCAUUUAACUUUUAUCACACGCGCUUUAAAGUGCAUUCUUGAGACAUUAUAAAAUCUUAAGACCGACAAAACUUUGUUUAUCGCCCCCCAAUAGGUUUCGACAAAAAUAUAUUUUACUGACUUUUUCCUGUAGCGUGACUCUUUCGCUUUGUUUGCAAAUGUUGUAUGUUAUUGCAAAAAUUAUUAACUAAAAUAUAGAUAUACUCGCAUACAGCGGGAUCAAUCAAUUUGCGUAGGAUAUGUGUUAGUGUUUGACGAAUGAAUGACAAAGAAACAAACAAUAGAGACUCCGACUACCAAUACCCUUCCACAGAGUGUAGACAAAGCAAAACCCACAAAACAAAUUCAAUUAUUACUAGUUAUGCCCACAGAGAAUAUAAUUACAACAAA